AUAAAUGACUGAAAAUUUCUUUUAAACAUUUGAUUUCUGCUUGUUUUUUAAUAGUGUUAUAUUUUGUACCGUUAUUCAGUGCAAAAAGUAGAAAAAUGGCACAGUUUAACUACCUUAAUGAAUUAAAUAGUUUAGCUACAAUAGACGGACCCAUAACUCGUGGGCCACUACAGCGAUGGGUUAAAAAGAGUAAUAAUGAAAAUCUGAAUCCAUCUUUGAGUACAUCAUUUAAAAAUAUAUCAAAUAUAAACUUAAGUUCGUGUAACCAAUCUAUGCAAAAGUUGUCAGUUUCUAGUAAUCAAAGUUAUAACAAUAUUUUGUCCAGUAACAAAACACCGCCUAGAAAUGAAUCUAAAAAAGGCAAGAAAACUCCUUCUAAAAACAAGUCUCCAGGUCGAUCAACAACACCAACCCCAAAUAAAGCUUCAAAGACUCCUAAUAAAGCAGACAGAUUUAUCCCUUCAAGAAGUAACUCAAAUUUUGAUUUAUGUCAUUAUAUGUUAAGUCGAGAAGAUGACAAAAGUGAAGAAGUAAUUUCUCAAACAGCAGCCAGUGAAGCUAUUGGGCGUGCACUAACUGAUACUGAGCCAGGCAGACUCUUACAAUACACUUGUAAAGCACCUGCUGCUCCUGAAGGCUACCAGAACAGGCUCAGAGUGGUAUACUCACAGGCUAAAGUUCCAUCAUCAGUAAAAAAUACAACAAGAUACAUCCCACAAGCACCAGAUAGAAUUUUGGAUGCACCUGACAUUCUGGACGAUUAUUACCUUAACUUAGUUGACUGGAGUGCAUCCAACAUACUAGCUGUUGCCUUAGGAAACUCGGUAUAUUUAUGGAAUGCUGGUACUGGCCAAAUUGAACAGUUACUGACAUUAGAAGGGUCAGAAACUGUCUGUUCCGUUGCAUGGGUACAAGGAGGUGGUUCUCAUUUAGCGGUUGGUACAUCUGCAGCUACAGUCGAACUAUGGGAUUGUGAAAAGAUUAAAAGAUUGAGAAUAAUGGAUGGACACACAGGUCGCGUGGGUUCGCUUGCGUGGAACCUGUACGUGGUGUCGAGCGGCGCACGCGAUGGCAAUAUCGUGCAUCACGAUGUGCGGCAACGUGACCACGCCGUCGCAUCGUUUGCUGCUCACACGCAAGAGAUAUGUGGCUUAAAGUGGUCACCAGAUGGUAAAUAUUUAGCAUCCGGUGGUAAUGAUAAUCUGCUGAAUAUUUGGCCCAUUAACCAAGGCCAGCACUACUCUCAGCCACAACACCUGUACUCUUUCAAUCAACACUUGGCAGCAGUGAAAGGUCUAGCAUGGUGUCCAUGGAGUGCAGGCAUCCUUGCUUCAGGCGGUGGUACUGCCGACAGAACAAUACGCAUUUGGAAUGUCAAUACUGGGACCAAUGUUAACACAGUGGAUACUAAGUCUCAGGUGUGUUCCAUAGUGUGGAGCACGCAUUACAAGGAGCUGGUGUCGGGACACGGCUACGCGCACAACCAGCUGGUGCUGUGGAAGUACCCGGCGCUGACGCGCGUGGCCGAGCUCAGCGGACACGUGGCGCGCGUGCUGCACCUCGCCCUGUCGCCCGACGGCACCACCGUGCUGUCCGCCGGCGCCGACGAGACGCUGCGCCUCUGGAAGUGCUUCAUGCUUGAUCCGUCUAAGAAAAAAGAACCAACUGAUUCAAAGGCUGCAAAAUCUCUCCUAAAUAUGAAUGCAUUAAUUAGGUAAUAUAAAUUAGCUAAAUGUAAUAGCGAAAAAAAAAUGUGAUUUCUUUAUUAUUAAAAGUAAAUUAAAUGGACAAAAAUUAUGUUGCCCAAUAAAAGUUUUGACCCUAAAUAGUGUUGGAUUUUAUUGACUACUUGUGAAUACACUAAUGUAUUUUCAAGCAUUAUUGCUAUUGAAUGGUUAAUCCAUAAUUUGUAUUGAGGUGUACCAAGGGGUGUGUAAAACGAGCAUGUUGUUCAAUCAACACUAAUGUUGCCAUAUUUUUUUAAGGAUUUUAGCGUUAUAAUUAAAAAUUAAUUACAAUUAAAUAAUUUAAUGUAAAACGCUGUGUUUUAGUGACUACUUAUUUAUACAUUAUUAUAAGAAUUGACGCAACGAUUUUUUUAAUAAUGUUAAUGUUUUGAUAUUUUUUUCGAAGGCGACAACAUUGAUUUAAAUAUUUUAGAGUAUUUUAUUACUUUUUGACUGAAAACAAGAGAAGUUGAGGUCGUUAAAUGUAUCGCGAUCUUUUUUCUCAAUCUGAAUCACUUGUCUUACUUUCUCUUCCUCAUUUCUUAUCUUCAUACUUCUCUUUCUUUUAUUUAACAUUUCAUUACC